AAACUGUUGCAUUACUUUAGAGCAAGUCGUCUACGUGAAGUGCUAAUGGAAGCUGAUGUAACUGAGCCUCCUGAUUUGAAACGGUUGAGUGACAGGAAUAUUGAUGAGUUGGAUAUAAGUGAACGUGACAAAAAUGUUGUAAAAAAUGUGAGAAAUUUUAUGAUGUCUUCUAGUCAUGCUCAUCUGACAUGGCAGAUGGACAUUGAGUUGGUUGCAAGAGAGAAUGCCAAAGCGUUGUCUCUACUUGAAUAUGCAUCAUUUCUGUCUUCAAGAGACAUUCCAGAGAAGCUCGUUCGUCCUCUUGUGUUUGGUGAAUGUGCCAAUUAUGAAUACAGUUUGUGUGUCUCAAGUUUGUCUUCACACAAUUUAGUUGAAUGGCACGAGACAGCAGAAGGUUACACUUUGAAUAUUCAUCCAUUGGUGCAGUCAACAGUGAUGGAACGUGUCAAGCAACAGCCAGAUGAGAUGGAACGUAAACUAACUGAUGUUUGUAAAAAUAUGUUGUCUCAUCUACCGCACAGUACAAUGGACUUAAAUUGUCUUCCAAGUGAUGUACGACUUCAACAUUUUUCUCACUCAUAUUCAUUGACUAAGCAUGUAUUGCUAGCUGAUGUAGAAAUACCAACUUGCUUGGAUUUGGUUAGGUAUACGUUUUCACAGUUCCAGUCUCCUGACUCAUCGUGGUAUUUGUGUGAACAAUGGUACCACAAAGUGAUGCAGUUGCACAGUUUGCCACAUGAGGUCAAACGCACUUUGGUUAUAGACGCAAGUAAUCUUUUGAGUAUGGCAUAUCUGUUCAUGUUGAAAGAAAAGGAAUCAUUAGAUUUGAGUCUGAAAACCAAGAAGAUGAUUGAUGAGUUGAAACCAGAUGAGAAGAAAGAAAUAUAUCAACAUCAUAGAAAAGUGUUAGAGAACAUUUGUCUUUGCUAUGACAUGCUAAACAAGUUUGAGGAAGAAAAGUUUUAUCUGAAAGAGCUGAUGUUGCUGAUGAAAACUUCUGGAGAACAACAUGGAUGUGGAUUUGCUUUAAUUGGAUGCACGAUGGCAGAGAACUACUUUAAGAGGGGUAAACAAGACAAAGCAAUGACAUUAUGCCAACAAGUGAUGGAAAAGUUAAAUGGUAUGGAGGAACAUGAUCAGAUCGAAGUGAUGUCAAGAUUAUCAAAAUGUUUUUUAUCUUUUGGAGAAUUUGAAAAAGCAGAUGAUUUAUUGGAUAGGUCAUGGAAAUUGCUUUCCAGAGUUGAUUAUUACAAAUUUCUUCGUGAGCGUCUUGCAGUCAUGAAGCUCAAGUGUGAGUGUGAGAUUAGAAGACCUAAUGCAUCAAAAGACAAGCUUACUGAAGCAUUGGAAAUAGCAAUAUCAGCAUUGUCUAUUGCUCAGUCUUUCCUACCAUCAGAAAGUGCAGAGAUUUUCUAUUGUAAAUUUCAAAUUAUUAAAUGUAACGGAAAAUUAGGAAACGUGGAAACGUGCAUUGAACAACUGAAAGAGCUCAGGAAAGUUGAGGAGACAAACAUGCCUGAUGUACAUAGCAAACUAUGUGGUGUAAUAAGACUAUUAGGAGGCAUGCAUGAGAAGAGAGGUGAUUUAGUUGCAGCUGUGAUGUGUUAUAAGGAAGUAUUAGAGCGGUACCAGCAGGAGGACCAUUCUGAUCAUGUGAAAAUUGCUAAUACUCUCAUGUUGAUUGGUAGAAUAUAUUAUAAGAUGGGCAACAUCAGGGAUGCUGUAAAGCAUUUAGAGCAGUCUAUAGAAUUUAGAGAACAGAAGCAGUUACCACCUUGUCGUGAAACUGGUCAAUGUUAUGGAUUACUUGGAAGAUGUCAUAGACCGACGCCAGAAAGAACGACAACAUUUGAACAAAUGCAAGGAAUCCAUCUAGCACAAGAAGCAUUUACUAAAUCUCUCAACAUACUGUUGUUUUAUCCAAAUUGUGAUCAACAAAUAUUGGACGUGUUGAGGGACCUUGCUGCUUCAUAUGGCAUGAAAAUUGAUGAGGAGACUAUAGAUGAGAAGGCCACUAUGCUAAAACUAAUAGCAAGGAAAGCAUAUACUUGGAGAGAUUAUGCCAGAGCUAAAGAUUUGUUCUACAUGCAAAUGAAAGUUGAAGCUGCUACAAUGGUUUUACAGCCAGUACAAAAAGCUAUUGCACUGCACAACAUCGGUUUGUGUCAGAUACGUCUCUCACAGUUGGAUGAAGCUGAGGAAACGUUUACUGAAUCACUGAGAAUUGCUCAAUCUCUGAGACCAGUAGAGCAUCAAGGUUUAUAGAUUUCAUCCAUCAAAAAUCUGCUUGGACUAGUUCGGAUGCUGAAGUACUUUAGAACGUUAGAUUAAGGUACAGACUUAUUAGUAACACAACACAGUCACAAGAUUGAUGAAGUGUAUUUUACAGUUAGUGCUGAUUGUCAUAUGUCUAUAUGUUUGUUUGCUUUUUGUCUGCUUAUUGAUAUCAAAUAUAUUCUAAACUUUAUAGACAAUAAUGAUUUACAUUUUAUCUCAAAUUGCAAUACACUACAGUAUGACGUUUUUGUCUUGUGCAAGACAAUCUGCUAAUGAUGCAAGUCUGUUGAGUACCAAUGCAUCACUACUGACUAUAUUAU